AUGAACGACAUGGCCACCGCCGCAUCACCAACGCCAGUUGGCGGAGGGAGUCACCUCAACGCUCUGGGACGUAGAACAUCCGCCAGACAAGCGCUCCGCCGCCCGACUUCGACAUCGCUAUCUUCGAGGCCGCAGCUCGGCCGUAGCGAGUCUAACCCUGCUGUCAGCGCAUCUUUUUCUGGCACAACUUCGCGAGAGACGAGGGCGCAUUCUCAACCUCAGUCAAACCAGCAACCAAUUACUGCUGCGCUGCAUGACAGCUCCGACGAUGAGGAGCCGGUGGUACCUAUGAAGCUUAGCGCUUUGACAAAGGCAUUGCUUAAUGAUGGUGCGUCCGAGGGAGUGUCCAGGGGGGGUGCGCAGUCUGUUGUCUCUGGCCGUGCUGCUUCACCGCCACAACGUCCUGCUUCGAGGGUGACGAGGAGGUCGACUGCUAGUGUUUCUGCUUCUGCCGUUGUGGAGGAUAGCGAGGCUGCUGUGGGGGAGGUGAGGCAGACGAGACGGACGGCGAGGACGAGUAGUGUCCAGCGUGGGGUUACGGGGAGAUCUUCACCCCCAAGGGAGACGAGCCCUGCGCCUCAGCCACGGAAGCGCGUUGUGCGAUUGAGCAAUACUAGUGCUGGGAACAAUGCUUUCAACUCAAGCUUUAAUGGUAGCUUUGAGUCGAGUGUGAGGAGGUCAUUGUCUGGUACUACUGGCCGGAGCAAGAGACAGGAGAGUGCCGAGGUGGUUGAGAAGAAGUCAGUUCAGGCUCCGGUGCCCGUUGAGCCUGAGCAGCAGGAGGUUGAACAGCAGCUUGUUGAUAUCAACACCCCAGUUGUGCCUGUGAGGACGGUACGCAUUGCCGUCGGGUCAUCUGGCAGCAAGGGGAGGUCGGAUAGUUCUUCCGGUCACUCCAAGAGCUCCCGGGGAUAUAGCGAUCAUGAUCAGGAGUUGGGUGAGGAACCCGCGACUGUUGGACGGUCUGUUGCUGUUGCUCCUCAAAGUUCUAUGCGGAUUGGGAGAAUAGGGAAGAUGGGCGGGAGCUUUCUCAGUGGCCCGGCUCGUCGUGGAAGGAGGAGACAGAGUGAGGAGGAUGGACAAGAUCAUGGAGAGGGUGAUGCUUUUGGCAGUGGUCAGGAGCCUGAAAGCCAACAGCCUCAGUAUAUGGGCCUCGGUAUGGAGCAGCCACAAUCAUCAUUCUUGGCUUCCAACUAUCGCGAGUUUGCUGCUGCUUCUGGUAGCCCUGUUAGCUCCAGGGAUCCCUCAAGAGCUGCGGUCCGCAGAGGGACCUCGGCUAGCGUUUCUCCGCCAGAGGUCAGGGAGCUUGAAAGAAGCCACCUCGAGUUGGACUUCAAGAUUCCUACACCCCCGCCACGUGUUCCUUCCAGUCUUGGGAAGGAGAACCAAGCCCCAGCGGCGCAAAAGCCAAACCCAGUGGUGAUCUCCCUUUUGGAUGACACCAAAGAGUCGGCGAAGCCCAUCCAACCACUUGUAAGCGACAUCAGAGCCAACGCACCACCAUCCCAACGAGCAGCAUCCCCUGACCGCAAGGCUCUGGCACAGAAAAGCGAAAACACCCCCCGCCGCGCCGCACCACCACCGCCUCCGAAAAUGUCAGUGCUUGAUGCUGCCACAGCCAACGCCGGUGCUUCUACUACUACACAGGCUAGCAAGAAGAGGCAGGUCAUGCUCCGAGUCAACGGCAGGACGUACACCAGAAUCGACUGUAUAGGCCGUGGCGGUUCGGGUAAGGUGUACCGGGUCUCUGCGGAGAACGGUAAGAUGUUUGCCCUCAAGCGUGUCUCUCUUGAAAGUGCCGAUGAGAACACGGUGAGAGGAUUCAAGGGGGAGAUUGACCUGCUCAAAAGGCUGCACGGCGUUGACAGGGUGAUUCAACUGAUUGAUCACGAGUUGAACCUGGAGAAGCAGCUUUUGAGUGUGCUCAUGGAGGUGGGCGAGCUCGAUUUCAAUACUCUGCUGAAAUCCCGACAGAGCGCCACGGAGGGGGCGAGGUUGGAUCCGGUUUUCAUCAGGUACUACUGGAAGGAGAUGCUCGAGUGCGUGCAGGCUGUUCAUCUCAAGGAUGUAGUGCAUUCGGAUCUCAAACCGGCCAACUUUGUGCUCGUGCAGGGGAGGCUCAAGCUGAUUGACUUUGGGAUUGCGAACGCGAUCCAGACGGAGAUGACGGUCAACGUGCACAGGGAGACGCAGAUUGGGACACCGAACUACAUGUCACCCGAGUCGCUGAUGGACUCGAACCAGUAUGCUUUUACGUCGGCGCACAAUGGCAAGUUUUCGAUCCCGCCGCCUCUGCAGCAUCACCAAAAGGGGGCUCCGAGGAUUAUGAAGCUCGGGAAGCCGUCGGAUGUUUGGUCACUGGGGUGUAUCUUGUAUCAGAUGGUUUAUGGUCUGCCGCCAUUUGGCAAGAUUGCGAACCAGAUGUCGAGGUGUCAGGCGAUUAUCAAUUGGGCGUAUCAGGUUGAGUUUCCCGAGGUCACGGAGGAUGGGAGCCGGGUGCCGCCUUCGCUGAUUAGGACGAUGAGGAGGUGCUUGAACCGGGAGCAGAAGGAGAGGCCUACUUGUGAGGAGCUGUUGGCGGAUACGGACCCGUUUUUGUAUCCCCAGGAGUUUGACCCUGGUGUUUAUGCCAUGGCUGAGCAGGGCAAGGUGCUGCCUAUUACGGAGGAGUUAUUGGGGAGGAUUAUUCAGAGUGUGGUGCAAAGGUGUGGGGAAAGAAUGCCGACGCCGGAGGAGAUCAAGAGUGGGAUGCUCACGCAGGGGUAUUGGGCUGGGGUGAAAAGGGUGGUUACCGGUGCUAAUAGCAGUGGUAAUUCCUCGAGGUAA